AUGACGGCCAGUCCACUGGAGGAGACAAAGAAAUGCAACGGAGGAUGGAAGUUUGCCCUUUUGGAGUUGGCUAAUUCUCAUUAUGCUGCAGUCUGUAUUGAAGAUGAUGAAGCUGAUGAAGGAGCUCCAGUGAAGGUGAUUGUUCGGAGAACCAUCCCGUUUGUAGAAGACGAACUUAUUUCUGAAAGAAUAUAUCUGUAG